UCUGUGAACUCCUUUGAUAUUGAGGCACUCUUUUCAAAUUCUACACAGAGAUAUAGAACACUGACACUUUAUUGUGAUUUAUAGAUAUUUAUUCUUCUUAUUCUGGAAACCAUUCUUUAUAUUCAGAUUCCAGUAUGUGAAGUAUAAGAGUAUACAGUAACUUUAUAGAGGAGCACUGCUCAGCCCUUGUAUUAUAUACACGGGUGUUUAUUUGAGAUUACUAUAAUAAACCAAUAGAACCUUACUCAGAUGUUAUUUACGCCCAACUUGAUGAGUCUACAAAUGGCGCCCAACGUGAUUUUGGUAAUGGUAAUCGUUUGAGCUAGUGUACCCAUACAGACCCCCUCGGUGGUGAUACUUGCGCAUGUGUGAAUUGUGAAACCGGAACAUCCUAGAUAUUGACAUCAACAGAAAAACAGUGUGGUUUUUGUGAAUGAAGAUUAAAUUUUCAAAUAUUUUAACCUGAUACAGUGAUUAUAAUGUAGCGAAGCUUAUUUAUAUGAUCAGAAGAAACAUCAGUACUCCCGAAAGUCAGAACUACAAGGUACUGACUGACGACGAACAAAAUGGAAAAGGAUAGUAAUCUUCCAAAAGAACGGAGUAUCGCAAUAGAUGUUUCUACCGUCAGCAAUGAGGAAGACAACCAAUCUAUCUUUCAAUUGAGUCCUACCUCAGUGUCAACAACCAGCGUCACCACUCUUCUACAACAACAGCAAAAUGUACAGAUACAUUUUCAUGUACCUGGGGAUGCUGUAGCAAUCAAUAUCCAUGAGGCAGAAAAUUUAAUGGUGAACACUGGAAAUGGCCACGGUGUCAUGAAUGUGACGAGUCUUCUAGCUAACGAAGGUACGGAUCUACAAUUAAGUAACUCUGAGGAAUCUAUGAUUUACGAAAGAGAGCAAAAUGCGCCUGAAAAAGAGACAAGUUAUCUACAUGAAGAGGAUGAGGCAUUUUUAAUAGAAAGAUUUAAAGAAAUGCAAUAUGUAUUUGUGGAGACAGAGAGGUACAAAAAAGCACUCCAGAUUUUACUGGAAAAUAAUUUCGAAGUUAUAACUGGAUUGUCAGGGGAAGGAAAGACGUUUUUAGCAAUGAAACUCAUUUAUGAUUUGACUCAGAAAGGACUUAUGUUUAAAGAAAUUACAGCAAGCACUGCCUUUCACGAUUUUGAAAGCUGUGAAAAGACAGUUUUCCUCAUGGAUGAUGCGUUUCAAAUUGACAGUUUGGAUCCACAAUGGCGUAUUGUUGAAAUCCAGAAUUUCAUAGAAUCUAAUAUUCAUAGCGAAAAGAACAAUUUUCUCAUCAUGACAUCAAGGAAAGGUCCCUUAGUAUCUGUUAAAGAUAGAAUGAAACAAUCAUGGCUCUUGAAUGGAGACUAUACCAUUGAUUUUACAGAAGUUGGAUUGUCAAUGGGGGAAAAGCAUGAUAUUAUUUUAAAGCAUAUUGACAGAUUUCAACCAAAAGAAAACAUCGACGGAAUUGAUAAAAUGAAAAUUGCAAAAGAAGUAGCCGAAGUUACCUGUCAAGGUUUUGCAAACUGUGCUUAUUUUUUCGUCCGGAACAAAAAAUGGUUUAAUAAAGGUGUAGAUUUUUUUAAGAAUCCAAUUAAAACCAUUAGAGAUGAUGUCGAUAGUUUACGAGAAUCAGAUCCGAAAAUAUACGUGUUUUUAUUAUAUCUGCUUCUGAAAGGCGGACGAAUGAGAGGAACUACUUUGGACACUUGCGAAAGUGACGAUGGUGUUAUAAAUCUUUUACAGAAAAUCAGGUAUUUCCCAAAGGAGGAAUACUGUGCCAUUUUGAAUGAUGCUUUGCACCAAGUAGAAUACGUUUAUGUAAGUAGAGUUGAUUCCAUAGGAACCUAUACGUUUCGACAUGAUUAUAUUGUAGAAGCAGUCUGCAUAUCUUUUAGCAAAAUAUUACCACGUGAAGCUAUUAUGAAUGUUCCAUUUGACUUUAUUUCAACCCGAAUUCGUACAGAUGAUUAUAAUGCAUAUAUAACAGAUAUGAUCAUUUUAAAGCCUGACCGUUACGACGAUCUAGCAACUAGAUUUAUUAGAGAACUUACCAUAGGAAAUAUAAGAAGUAUUUGCGAACAUCCGGCUAGUAACGAUGCAAAGUUUUCCAAAAUUUUCAUUUCAAAACUACAUGCCGAUACAAAAAAGCAGUUUUUUAUCCAAAUAACUGAAAGAGCAUACAGGUCAACCUUAAAUGGAUCUUUGUUGUACUGGUCUGCAUCAUGUGGUGCUCAACAUCUCUGCCUACGUAUUUUGAAAAGUGAAAUGUAUUCAAAUAUAAAAGAUAAAUUCUGGUUGCGAACACAGGCUUCAGCUGCAUUGGUGCCUUCUUGCUGGUUCGGGUUCAAUAUUAAUAUCAUAGAUGGGUUGUUAAAGUUGGGAGCGGACAUAAACAGUUCGAUACAUUCAGAAAGAAGAUUUCAGACAUAUACAUCAGACUGUUUGGCUGUGCAUGACCAAAAAGGGUGGACUCCAGUUCAAUCGGCCGUUUGUGGAACAAAUAGCAACAAAAUAGUGUACAUAGAAGAAUUGAUAAAAAGAGGCUGUCAUUUCCAGGAAAAAGAAAAAAUGCAGAGACCGUUAAUUCAUGCCGUACAACAGGAGAAUUUAAAGCUAGUAGAAACUCUUGUACAAAAUGGAGUAAAUAUUCAUGCAGUUGACAUACGACAAUUGCCUGCUGUUUAUUACGCUAUUGAAACAAAUCAAAUUGAAGUAACACGUCUCCUUCUUUCAAUAAUGAAUGAAGAUGAACAACUUACAGUGUUUGUUCGCCCUAAAACUUUAAAAAUGAUGCGACUUAUAGAAACACACGUCGACUUCAACAUAAAAGACGCGAACGAAAAAGGUCUACUGCAUCAUGCUGAAGACCCCGACAUUGUUGAUUUCUUGGUGAAGGAUAAAGGUCUGUCGACGGAAAUACUUGACAAGGAGAAACGAACUCCAUUAUACUAUGCAAGUAACGUUGAUGUUGUAACAAAGUUAUUAGAGCUCGGGGCUUCUUAUGUUGUAGAUAAAUCGAAUGGUGAUACUUUGUUGCAUGUACAGAAAGAUUCGACAAUCAUCGAACAUAUUCUUCAAAUAUGUCCUGAUAUAAGAAAAUCAAUUAAUGAAACAAAUUUGUUAGGUUUGCAUGCCGUUUUUGCGGCUACAUCAGACGUUCUUAAAAUACUAAUAAAAUAUAAUGCCAAUUUAAACGUACAGUGUCCAUUUAAAGCACAAAGGCAAAUAAGUGGAGAAUUAUUACUAGAUUUACCGAAGAGAAAGGGCACAUCAGAAAAAUCAGUUGAAAGAAAUACUAACAUGGGAUCUGUAGAGGACUCUAAAGUAGAAGUAGCUAGACAUGACUAUGUGAGAGAUUUUGUGAAACAAGGAAAGGGAAUAUCGGAAGCAUCCUUCGAUAAAUUGACCGAUGUGAGUUCAACAGAGGGUUUCACUGAAGACACGAGUCUAUCUCAAACAGAAAUUGAAGGUUGUUCUUAUGAUGAGUUUUUGCCUACAAAAGAUUUCACUGUCUUGAUGAAACGUGCAUCAGAAGGACGUCUAUCACCAGAUCUGCUCCAACUAUGUCUCGCCAGUGGGUACAACAUAAGUAUUCAGGAUGGUGAACAACGAACGAUUAUGCAUUACAUUAUUUUACCGCAGCGUCGUUUGAAAGAAGUAUCAAAUCUUCUGCAGAUCAUAAUCAAUCAUGCUAAGAAACUGUCAACGGAAAACAAGAAUGUUCUUAUGGAACUUUUAAAUAUCCAGGACUUAAACGGUGACACUGCUCUUCAUCUUGCUUGUUUAUGCUCAACAAAAACCAAACUAAAAAAACAACAUGAAAAUAUAGUAAAAACCUUAUUGGAUUCGGGAUCUGAUCCAAACAUAUUGAAUAACACAGGCGAGAUGCCACAGCAUAUGUUGAUGCGAUGCCGAUGUUGUCUGAAAACAAACAUUUUUAAACUUCUGUUUUCGCGAACUUCAGACCCAAUGAAUACGUCGAAGGCAGAUAGGCUGAUGCAUUAUAUCUGUAAAACGUUUACGUAUUUUAAGGAUAUUGAUACAGAUGUACUUGCGGAUAUUAAAAAAACUUUAUUACUUCUGCUGACUGACACUCAAACAAUUAGUUGCUUUUUGCAAUAUUGUAUAGAUAUGAAGACAGAUCCAAACUUGAUUGUAUUUGUGAUCGUGAAAGUAAUAAAUGCACUGGAAGACAUAAAGAAAAGCAUUGUGGAAAUUGGCUUGAAGAAAAAAUCUCUUAAUAGUGGAAUCAUUUUGACGUUUAUGCAUUCACAGAUGGAACCACAUGAACGAGACGCUUUGUUCACAAACAACAAUCUACAUUUGUUAUUCGGAUUCGGUGUUAAAAAAUUGCUGGAAAAAGAUACCAUAAUUGAAUACAUUGAAAAUCUUUUCCAACAAAAUAUAAAUGUCAAUUUGAAAUCAAAAACCGGAGAAACAUUUCUAUCCUGGACACUUAAGCACUCACCAAGUCGAAAUAGGGCACACGUAAUUGAAAUCUUAUUAGCCAAAGGUGCAAAAGUUGUUAAAAAAGAAUCGAUAUUUGAUUGUCUUCAGGCAGACGGGGAUGAUGAUGUUAUUUUGAAAUGUCUAAAGCUUUUGCUACAAUAUGGCAGCAGCCUUUCCGAUGGAUGCCCAUUGAUAUGGUCUGUAACAGCAUCACCUACUAAAUAUAAAACAUUAGAAUUCAUUAUGGGUCAUGUUGAUACAGACUUUAGCCAGUGCGAUGGAAAUGGAUACACAGUUUUUCAAAUCUUUAUUGAACAGCUGAGGUCGCCUGAACAAAUUAAAAAUUCGGUACAUUUAUUUCGCAAAUUAUUUGAAAAUAUGGAUAACAACGACGCCUUUAUAUUGACAUUAAAAGCACGCCUAUCGGAUUCAUUAGUUCUCGAAACUUUACAUUAUACAAAUAUCAACGGGACUGAUUCUAUAGGCAGAACUCCCCUUCAAAAUGUUAUCUACUAUUAUGAACAUAAUGAAGGAAUAGGCGAAUUAGAAAUUAUCAAACAAAUUCUGAAACUGGUUGGGAAAAUAAGCAACAGGGACCAUUUAAGACGCAGCUUUCUACGCACACUUGUCUCCCGGAUGAAAUCGGAAACAGUAAAAGUCCUUCUUUACUAUUUAUCUAGUGAUUUAUCUUACCCUGAACAAAUUCAGACGGAUAUCAAUUCUCAAGAUGACAACAUGAACAGCGUUCUGCACCACGUUUGCUUUAUUAAUACUGGAGAUCAUCAAUCCGAUCUACUUAACUGUUCUUCCCUCCGAGUUUCAAUUAUGCGAAUUUUAUUGGCAAAUGGUGCCAACAUCAAUAUUGUUAACGCUAAGCACCAAUCUGUUUUACAUGUUCUUGUUCAGGCUUGCAUAGCUGCACAAUUUGAGCAUAUUAUACAUCCUGUUGUAGAACUGAUUAAUUUGGUAAUUUCUCAUGGAAUAAACAAAGAUAAAAAAGACAGUAACAACCAAACUGCCUUAGACUAUAUACCAAAAGACAAUGAUGCAAUGGAUAGUCUCGCUAGAAUGAUUAGGAAAGAGAUAAAACCAGAGAACAUUAUAUUAAAGGAGUCUCUUCCACUACUGAAAGAUUGACAAUUUAUGAAGUUGUACAAUUAUCACUGAAGAUAUUUGUUGCAUAAAGCGCUUUCAGGUGUAUGUUGAACUCUGAUCCGACGGAAAAAUACGGAAUAAACCAGUUUAACUUUU